AUGAUCUUUCAAGGACAAGUAAUUAGCAGUAAUAUCGAAGCAAAACUUAAUGCAUGGGAAGUAGCUUUAUAUGAAUUUGCUACAAAAACUUAUAUUAAUCAACCAAUAAAAUUAUUGGUACUUGGAUCAGAAAUAGUCAACCAGGAGCUAAUCAAGGAUUCGCAACGGAUGGCACCAUAUUUUGUCGCUGUUAAUGGUAGGAAUGAAAGAAUGGUUUAA